CCCUCUUCGGAGGUGGGAGGGGCAGACGGAGCAGGCGCGGGCCCGGCGGAAGCCAUGUUUGUGGCGCGCAGUAUCGCGGCGGACCAUAAGGAUCUCAUCCAUGAUGUCUCUUUCGACUUCCACGGGCGACGGAUGGCUACCUGCUCCAGUGACCAGAGCGUCAAGGUCUGGGAUAAAAGUGAAAAUGGGGAUUGGCAUUGUACUGCUAGCUGGAAGACACAUAGUGGAUCGGUGUGGCGUGUGACAUGGGCCCAUCCUGAAUUUGGACAGGUUUUGGCUUCUUGUUCUUUUGACCGAACAGCUGCUGUGUGGGAAGAAAUAGUAGGAGAAUCAAAUGAUAAACUGCGAGGACAGAGUCAUUGGGUUAAGAGGACAACUCUAGUGGAUAGCAGAACAUCCGUUACCGAUGUGAAAUUUGCUCCUAAGCAUAUGGGUCUUAUGUUAGCAACCUGUUCGGCAGAUGGUAUAGUAAGAAUAUAUGAGGCACCAGAUGUUAUGAAUCUCAGCCAGUGGUCUCUGCAGCAUGAGAUUUCAUGUAAGCUAAGCUGUAGUUGUAUUUCUUGGAACCCUUCAAGCUCUCGUGCUCAUUCCCCCAUGAUAGCUGUAGGAAGUGAUGACAGUAGUCCAAAUGCAAUGGCCAAGGUUCAGAUUUUUGAAUAUAAUGAAAACACCAGGAAAUAUGCAAAAGCUGAAACCCUCAUGACAGUCACAGAUCCUGUCCAUGAUAUUGCCUUUGCUCCAAACUUGGGAAGGUCUUUCCACAUUCUAGCCAUAGCAACCAAAGAUGUGAGAAUUUUUACAUUAAAGCCUGUGAGGAAAGAACUUACCUCCUCUGGUGGACCAACAAAAUUUGAAAUCCAUAUAGUGGCUCAGUUUGAUAAUCAUAAUUCCCAGGUCUGGCGAGUGAGUUGGAAUAUAACAGGAACAGUGUUAGCAUCUUCAGGAGAUGAUGGCUGUGUAAGAUUAUGGAAAGCUAAUUAUAUGGACAAUUGGAAGUGUACUGGUAUUUUGAAAGGUAAUGGGAGCCCUGUCACUGGGAAUUCUCAGCAGGGAAACUCAAAUCCUUCCCUAGGUUCAAAUAUCCCAAAUCUUCAAAAUUCAUUAAAUGGAUCUUCUUCUGGCAGAAAGCACAGCUGAGUACCAGCUAACUGGAGUAACUUUGCUGUUUUGCUGCUUGUUGCAUGCACACAGGAAUGGAAAGCGAGCUCCUUUUCCCCUUCCCCAGCGCCGUUUGACCUCUCCCAAGAUACACCAGCAGCCUGCUUACUACUAAACGCAAUCCAAAAGGCCUUUAAAAAUACCGUGUAUAUCAUUUUUUUUUGUACUAGCCAGUUUAUUGACACUAUUUGAAACUUUUGAAAUAUAAAUGGAGAGGCUUUUUGUUGAGACAUUGUCACCAAAACAAUUUUUUGAAAUAUUCCCGAAACUAACAUGGGUUUAAAAUUAAAAGGAUUGUUACUAUCCUUGUAAGUAGUUGGGAGGAGGGAAAAUACCACUUUAUUCCAUUUGGAGAAUAUAGGCUUAUUUCUUUUGUUUUCUAAAACAGCGAAAAUGAUGAAUUUUUAUAAUUUUAAUUUGAAGAUUGAAUAAAUAUUUUUCAUAAAGAUUGUUUUGAGUGCUAAUCUGUUUAUUACCUUUUGUAGAAUUGGCUUAUACGUGAUAUUAUUUAAUACAACUCUGUCAUUUCUUUGUAAUAUUUAAAAAAUAUUAGUAAAGGAGUGAGAGAAGUAGUAGUGAAAUGAAAGUAAUUUGACUGUACAGUUUGUGGCCAAAUUAAACAUACGGUAUUGCUUCAUUUAUAAUAUGGUAGUAAAAUGAAAACAUCUUUGUAAGUUUUCAAUUCAUAUUCACUAAAGAGCUAAAUGUUUCUAAUAUGUGCUUGUAUAUUUUUUAUGGUGUAAUUCCAUGGCUUAAGUUUUCCUUCAAGUCAAAAUUUGGAAACAUACUUAAGAGGAGCAGUUAAAAAUUUGCUGAAAUUGUGCAUGCACAUUAACCUCCACAUUCCAAGCCUCAGGAUUUUAAUUUAGUUGGCUGCUUCAUUUAGUUCAUAUUCUUUAGAACUUUGACCUUGAUGACAAAGCUGUAAGUCUUUGUUUGCUAAUGUGCUUAAGUAUUACGGGUAAGUUAUAAAAUGGCAGAAGAAUAACAAUAGGACAUAUUCUUUGAGCUCUUUUACUUAUCAAAAUUUUGUACUAUUUAAAGUUUUUGCAGAAAAGCAGCUAAGUGUUUUCAAAGAUUGUAUUUCUUCAGAAGUAUAUUGCAAUAGCUGGCCAUACUUUGUGAAAGUAUAUUUGGAUUGGUUCUCAGUGUCCUGUAUGCACUACAAAACAUGUGCCUGCUGCUACUACAAACGAAGCAUUGCUUAAAAUAAAAAGCUUAUUAGAUUUGUAAAUUUCCAGGAUCGCAUCAAAUAUGUUUCUGAAAGAUUAGAAAAUGUUUUAAAUUAUAAAAUGUCUUUUUUUGUAACAUUCAUACUGAUAAUUUUUUUUAACAUUUUAAGUUUAACAGAUUGUAUUUCUUUCUUUCAAGUUUCUAUACUUGCUUAAGCAAGCUUGAUUUGAGUAAGGGUCUUGAUUUUUGCGAUUAUGUUCUGUUAGUUUUGGCAUGAAUAUACUAAAGCUUUUUUUUUCCAGCAUGUGUUUUCUCCUCUUUGGUUCUCUUUGUAUUUACUACUUUUCUCUUUUUCUUCUGUUUUUUUUUCUUUUUUUUUUUUUUCUGUUGUUUUUGUUUUGUUUUGGUGUUUUGUUCCUGUCUUCAUUGUUUCAGGUAUUUCUUUCCCCCUCUGGAUUCCCCACGGGCUGGAUCGAGAUGGUCCAGUUAUGCCCAGCUCCUUCCUCCUCCUCCUCCUCCUCUGGUAGAGCACUCUUGCGAUGCUGACACUGCCAACCUCCAGUAUCCUCACCCUCGCAGACGAUCUCUCUCUCGGCCUCUUAAUCCCUUACCUGAGAAUGAAGGGGUUUAAAACACUGAUUUAACACUUAAAGGCCUUAUUCAAGUGCUUGUAAAUGCUUUCAUUCCUGGCUGCUUUUUGUUUUUCUUCAUUUUCUUUCAGAAGAUUUUUCUAAGUUAGGGUCCGUCUUGCAUGUAUUACAACCAGAACACAGUGUUUGGAACCUAAAUGUGUUUGUGCUUCUGCAUCAAAGGAACAUUUGCCUCACUGGUUGAUAACCUUUGAUGAAAUGCGAUAAGUACAAGUAACGUGAACUAUGAGAUUUACAGUAGCUGAUUUCACUUUCAAAGUGCCUAUUCGUUUUAUCUUGAACUGUUAUGGUGUUAAUUUUCUUAUGGUUUGUCAUUCUGGUUAAUGUGAAAGCAUAUCAUAGAGUUCACUUUGCCUUUGAGACAUAUUAAGAAAUGUUUUAAAAUUUACAGGCUAAUGUUGGAUCUGACUAGUUUGUAAAAUAAAUCAUUCCUGUGUAUAAAGCAGCAAAACAUAA